UAUUCCGCUAAAUAUUUAAUUAACAGAUACUCGCAAAUCGUUAAGCUAGUCUACAUAAAUAUACAUAUAUACAUAUGUAUAUAUAAGCUGAGUGCAUAUCGCGUUCGUCGCUUUGUGAUCCGCGUUCAGUGAUCUUGAAAAUACAAAAUUAAAUAAGCCGACGGGUGAAAAUUUACACGCGUUUCAAACAGCACUCAUCAAACUUUCAAAUACUCGUGCGACAGUAUUAAUUCUGUCCGACAAAUAACGUCACUAUGCUAUUACGUAAAGCGUUCUUCGCCUUGCUAUCGCUCAGCUUAUGCAUCUUAAUACACUUAACUGCCAGCGAAUAUUGUACCAAAUUAGAGAAUGCCAGUUCGGCGCUGCAAACAAAUCCCGCACAGUUCGCCAGCAUCGCGGCCGGUGCAGAGAAAUUCGGCCUGGAACUUUUUUCAUUGGUUUCCACGCAAGCGACCGAUAAUGAUUUUGUAAUUUCACCAUUUUCCGUAUGGGCGCUAUUACUCCUGCUCUUGGAGGCCGCAUCGGAAAAUACAUUGGACGAGCUAAAUACAGUGCUGCGCAUAAAUCAGGAUCGUCAAGCGUUACGUCAAGCAUUUAAUGUGGUGCAGCAAUUUUUGUUGCGCAAAACAUCGACUAUACACGUCGAAAGUUUACAAGCAAUGUACUAUGACACCUUCGAACGGUUCGGACAAGACUAUAUUACUACACUAACAUCUUGCUACAAUGCAAAGGUACAAAACUUAAAUUUCAACGAUACCAAAACUUCGGUAAAUUUCAUUAACAAUGCAAUAAAUACGGAAACCAAGGGUCUAAUAAAGGAUGCCAUCACUGAGGCUGACUUGGAAGAUGCAAAACUAUUACUAACAUCGACCCUGUAUUUUAAAGGACAAUGGCAGUUCCCUUUCAACCGUAGCGACACACGCAGAGAGACCUUCUACGAUAUGAAUGGCAAGCCGGUUGGUGAGGUUGAGAUGAUGUUCCAAAUGACACCAUUCAACUACACUAGAAUGCAGGAUUUGCAGGCGCACGUGCUUGAACUGCCGUACGGCAAUGAAAAUCGUUUGUGUAUGCUGGCUAUACUGCCAAAUAAAGGCAUCUCGGUCAAUCAAGUGGCGCAGAGCUUGCAGAAAUUGGGUGUGCGCCCAAUAUUCAAUAAACUUGAGGAGGACGCUUCAAAUUUCGGCGAACAGGAAGUUGAGGUGUAUGUGCCACGUUUUGAGACAUCAACGUCAAUAUCGCUAAGAGGCACACUAGAAGCGAUGGGCAUAAAGAGUAUUUUCAAUCCGCAGACUGUAAAUUUAGGCAUACUCUCGAAGAGCUUGUUCGUGAAGGACGUCAUACAAAGCACUAAAAUAAUAGUGAAUGAAGAGGGUACCGAAGCGGCUGCAGUUGUUGCGGCGAUUUUGACUAAUAAAAUUUCGCCACCGAAAUUCUACUUUAAUCGCCCAUUCCUGUAUUUGAUUGCGGAAAAACGUUCGAGUACAUUAUUAUUUGCCGGCCAACUAUCGACACCGAAAUUAUUAAAAAACUAAAAGUACUAAAUAUUUAAAA